GGGUCUCCAUGGGGGAUGUGGGGUCCCCGUGGGUCCCGGGGGUGUCCCCGUGGGUUGGGGGGCCUCCCCCAUAGGAGGCACAGGGGGAUCCCUGGAGGGUGCUGGGGGUCCCCUAGGGUCAUUGAGUCUCCAGAGGGGGGUCCCCACGGGGUAUCCCUCCACGGAGGAUCCCGAGGGCGCCGUGGGGGUCCCGUGAGGCUCCUGUGGGGCUGCGGGCUGUGGGUCACACCGUGGGGGUCCCAUGGUGAGGAGGUCAGCGGGGGUCCCACAGGUGCAGUGCAGGCUCUGUGGUUCUGUGCACAUCCCCCGUGGGCCUGUGGAGCUCCCGGAGGGUCUCUGUGUCCCCAGGGGGGUUUCUCUGUAUCCCCUCGAGGUCUCUCUGUGCCCCUACGGGUCUCUGCGUGUCCCUACGCGGCCCCUCUGCGUCCCCACGCUCCGCAGGGGGCAGCGGCAUGUCUCGGUGCUAUAUGUUCCUCCCACCAGCAGAGGGCAGUAGCGCGGAAGGAGCGGAGCAGACGAGAGGACGGUGCAGAGCGGCCGGAAGCUCUGUGUCACGUGGCGGCACCCGGAAGCGGCGGCAGGAGGGCGGCCAUGAGCAGCAGCGGCGGCGGCAACGGAGCGGCGGCCGCUGGGACCGAGACCGAGGCCGGUGACGGUUUUGUUUCCGGUUCCGGUUCGGAGCGGCGGGUCCACAUCAUGGUGGAGUACUGCGAGCCCUGCGGCUUCGGGGCCACCUACGAGGAGCUGGCGAGCGCCGUGCGGGAGGAAUACCCCGACAUCGAGAUCGAGUCCCGCCUGGGGGGCACCGGUGAGCUCCGGGGCGGGGGGCUGAGGGGUCUCCGGGGCGGCUUUGGAUGUUCCUAUGGGAGCAUGGGUGUUUCUCAUUGAGGAAAGGUGUCUGUGUGUUUUUCCCUCCCUGGUGCUGCGCUGGGUCUCAGCCCCAUCUGCUGGGGGGUGCUGGGACUGAGCCCGUUACAACCUCGCACAGAGGUGGGAGGGGGGUUGGGGGGGGUUGAACCUCACUCCCUGAGCGCU